GGCGACCCGGUGCGGCUGUCGAAACGUAUGAGUUUAAUUCUUGUAAUAACUUGAGACCAUUGCUCGAUGAGUGGAGACGAUGUCUUCUUCAGUAUGGAGGUGAAUUGGAGAGGACAGAGGCUGCAUCUGACAUUAUUUAUAAGUGAAAGAGUUUCAGGGAUCCCUCAUGUGAACUGGUCUGAAAAUACCAAUGCACAUUAACUAAUUUAAGUAACUGGUCUAUUAGGGGUUAUUUGUUUUAUAAUGGCUUGGAUGUCACGGCUCUUUUGCAUUGGACGAAGGAAUCUGAGUAUUUUCUCCAACCCGUCACCUUCGAACUGGAUUAAAGUGGUGUCUGACGCGGAGAAGGUCGUAGGAUAUCCCACUUCAUUCAUGAGUUUACGGUGUUUACUCAGUGAUGAGCUCAGUAAUGUGGCCAUGCAUGUGAGGAAACUGGUCGGGACGAAACAUCCUCUGCUUAACACCGCCAGAGGAUUUGUGUAUGACAGCCGGAAUAAUCUACAGAUGCGAGGGCUGGUGGUGCUGCUCAUGUCAAAAGCAGCCGGUCCCAGUACCAGCACCAGUAACCCCAUACAUGACACUAUGAUCAGCGGCAUCUAUCCAAGUCAGCGUAACUUGGCUGAGAUCACAGAGCUGAUCCACACGGCAUUCCUGGUGCAUCGUGGUAUUGUCAAUCUGAAGGAGUGGACGAACUCUGAUGGCCCCCUCAAAGACAUGCAGUUCGGCAACAAGAUGGCUGUCCUGAGUGGUGAUUUCCUGCUGGCGAAUGCCUGCACAGGAUUGGCUCAGCUCAACAACACCAAGGUGGUGGAGCUGAUCUCCAGUGCUAUCGGAGAUGUGGUUCAGGGAAUCUAUCAUGAGAACUCCAGUUCUGCAGAGGAGGGGAGUCUAACAGUGGUAUCCUGGGAAGACCAGACAUUCCUGUCCCAUGGUGCUUUGCUUGCCAAGAGUUGUAAGGCAGCAAUGGAGCUGGCCAAACACAGUCCUGAAGCUCAGAAUUUGGCUUUUCAGUAUGGAAAACAUCUCGCUCUGGGACACAAGUUAAACUCUGAUCUGCAGCCAUUUAUGAACAGUGGGUCAGAACCAGCUGUGUUUAGUUUGGACUCCGCACCUGUAGUAUUCCACAGACAGAUCAUAGGACCUGAAAGAUGGCGGCACCAGCUACAACAGGCCCAGAAUAUGGCUAGACAGAUUGAUUACACAGAGCUCUGGGGCCUUAUAAAGAUGGAAAGAGGCAUUAGCCAGGCACUAGACCUGUGCAGUUACCACGGCAACAAAGCCUUAGAGGCCAUGAAGUGUUUCCCGCUCUCAGAGGCUCGGUCAGCGCUGGAAAACAUGGCCUGUGCCAUCACCAAGUUCUGAAGAUGAUUAAGCUGGACCUAAAUGUAAAUCCAAUUCUAUUUGAUCAAGAAGCAGCAAGCUGAGCCUGAGUCUGAUUUGUCACUGUUUUAAGUGGACUUGGCUUGAAGCUUUGAGGUUGUGACCUGCUCUCUUUGAAGGGCAGAGAUACAGCUCUUUAGAUGUCAACGCUGAUGCUUAUGUAGAACUAAUGCAUGUCUUCAGCUUUGAAGGGGUAGUUUACCCAAAAUCUAUAAUUCUGUUGUUAUUUACUCACCAUCGUGUUCUAAACACAUUUGAUUUUCUUUAUUCCAUGGAACACAAUGAAGAUGUCUGGCAAAAUAUUAGGGACAUCCUCAGUCAAUAUAGUAAAAAAAAAGAAAAAGCAGUGUCAACAUUUUUCAAAACCUCUCUUGUGUGCCAUGGAAAAAAAGAUGACAUACAAGUUUGUAACAACAUGAGGGUGAGUAAAGGGAGACAGAUUAUAUAUUUUUGGGUGAACUAUCCCUUUAAGUGUGCAAGUGGAAGCAGACAUCAGUCAUCACACAUGACCGCACAAUCCAGUUUGCACUCUAUGUAAACUAUCCACAUACACGCUAUGAAUUUGGUCACCAAAAACAUGCUAUCUAUUUGGAAAACUCUUGAUAUCAUUUUUUUUUUCCAGUGCUUUCUCCCUCUAUAUUUAUUCUGAAACUUUCAGACUAGCUGCCAGACAAUUCCCUUUGGUACUUGGCAGAGGUCAAUAUUUCUAUAUAGCAGUUGAAAAAGACAAACAAACAUUAUUGAUAUGACUGUAAGUUGAUUCAUGACAAGAGAAAAAUCAUAUUGGUAUUAUAGGGGGCGGCAUUGACCAAAAUGUUUGUAGGAAAACUAUUGACAAUAUGUGAGUGUGUGCAUGUGUAUGUGUUGUGGGUGCCCGGGGUGCUCCAGCGGCUGUGUUGGCACUAAUAAUUAAUGAGGUGAGUGUGUGACCUGAGUGAAUGGGCAGGAAAUGCUGCAGUAUUGAUCAGCUUGGCGAGAUAGCUGGCGCCAGCUUGGGCAGCCUGCGGUUUCCCGGGUGAUCACGGGGAGGACAACUAGGGUGUGAAGCAGGGCGUAGGGGAGUGACUGUCACCACCAGCAGCCACUGGGCCACACGCACACACUUAAAUUGCUUGAAGGACAGAGAGGAAAGAGACAGUAAAGGAAUAAUAGGCAGAAACAAGACUGGAGGGACUGCAGGAACGUCAGUAGUUCUUAGCUACAGACUGGCUUAAAGACCCCAUGAAAUGGCUUGGCGAGUGCAGUUUUCAUAUAUUGAAAACAAUAUAUAUUCAUAUAUUGGCUUGUCCUUUUUUAACAAUAUCCAAUAGCCUUUAGUUUACGUCACAGCUGUGGACCAUUUACAGCUUGCUAUUUUAAGACAGAAGUAGGUGGAAUUAGGGGUAGGGGAAAUUCUAAUUUUAAGCAUGUUGUUGGAAAAGUUUGGUUACGCACCUGGUUGCAAGAUGAUGUUGUUAAUAUUUUUAUCGAUAGUGUCAGAAAAGCAAAUGUGAGAUGAAAAAUGCAACUGCUGAAGCAACCGUCUCAUUUAGUCGAGCUUCUAUGACACUUUCGGCUCAAGUGUCGACUCGCAUGAGCUUCAGGACUCAUCCCUCAGUCCUUUACAUCGCAAGUGCAACAUUCUAUCUAUAGCAUAUUUGGUUAUGUAAUGCAAAUGUUAAAAUUAGGGCUGUAAAUCGAUUACAAUUUUUAAUCAAAUUAAUUACAUAUUGUCCCGAUUAAUUAAUCACAAUUAAUCGCAUAUACAAAUAUUUGCUGAGAAAGCCCCUCAUAUAAC